AUGGAUGUUGCCAAGUCUCGCCUCAAGACUGCAAGCAACGGCUCACUUCACAGCACAUACACGUCGUACGGUUCCCAUUAUCCCUCGUCAACCACGCCUCGAGGGCAGAUUCCUCCUCGGAGACGGGCACUGCGGAAUGUCAAUCCAAAUUCGAUACUACCGCCCUCUCCUGGGCCACUGGCAAGCAUGCUCAAGACAACCACCGAAACAGGAGAUAAUAGCGUCUUCUCCAUUCAGCCAUCGGCGACUCCCACAGCUUACCACCAGCUUCCCAGAUCGAGGCUGGACAUGUUUGAUGGAACAACUCCUCCAAGGUAUACGCCCAGGAAAGGUGACAACUUCUACUACACCGAUGAUCACAGACAAUUUCGCUCUUAUAGAGAUACCACUUCUGAGAUCAUCUCGCUUUAUGGGUAUGACAAUCAAGCUUUCUACAUGACCCCUGGCUCUCCAAUGUUGGAUGACAACAGUCAUCGAUCGUACUCCAUUACAACCAACGGCUCCCGCAAACUUCCAUCCCAAAAAUCUUCUGGCACUUUGCAGAGCCAUUCCAGUGGCAGUGGGCUGCUACGACCACGUUCUCCAUUUCCAUAUCCAACACGGCUCAAGAGGCCAGGGGUGCGGCCUGCAUCUCCUGCUUUGGCUGAAAAUGGCUGCAUCGACUACAGCAGAAUGAUUGAACUUGACCAUGUUUCACAGAGAACGGUUCAUGGGUCCUACAGGGCAGCAUAUAACAACUGGCCAAGAAGACAGCCACCACUGUCUCUGCGGCCAGAUUACAAUCGAUCUACGGCUUCGCUGCCGUCAAGAGCAUCUCCGGGACCCUUCUAUCUCGCAAAGGUCUCGCAAAGGUCUCGGACACCAAGCUCCUCACACUCAGCCACAAGCCGACAUGGACGAUUUGAACGCCAUGCCCGAAUCACCAAUGACCGAAGUGGAAGAUCUCCCAGUUUGACAUCUAUUGUUGACAUGUACCGGAGACCGAGUACUGCGAAGGGCACCAGACCACCGCCACAGAUGGCUGGUUCCUUUUACUACGACUACAGCGAGGAUUUUGAUAAGCCGGUUGUCCCGCAACACGAUGUCAAGGAUCAGGUUUUGGUAGAAUCGCCGCAGCUUCUGGCGGACAGUGGCCAAAACGGUGGUGAGCAUGUCGUAAAACCAAAAGACAGUCACCGUCUUUCCAAUCACGAGGAUGGCGUCGAGAUUGCUCACCCUCUCCGUUUACCGAAUCCCGAUUACGGUGCUGCCAAUAGCGAAGGACUAGACCCAGAGCAUAAGCCGGAAGAAGACACAACGAAGUCAAGCGAGGCAAACGAUACUGAGCUUAGCAACCUGAUUGCUUCUGAACGUGUGUUCGGGUCAGCUUCGCCAGAUUCCGAGCCACCAAAGGAUGUUGUUGAACUUCCAGCAACAAAUGAGCCUGAAAUUCUAUGUAUAAACCAGACAGAACCUUCCGAUUCUUCGGGGUACCAACCCCCAGGUAGAGCAGUGGAGAAUCCCGAGUCUGAUUGUCAUGUCGGAACGUCGAGUCGUCGAUCCGGAUCAGGCCUUGCUCGUUGCACACUUGACCCAACCCUCCCUGACUUUGCGUCCAUAUUCUCUGCAUUCAACCAGCUUGGCAAGUCUCCAUGCUUCAAGGCUGCGGAAAUCUCUGCCUCGCGGAUCCCGGGCCACAGCGAUACUGACAGUAUUGCUUCUUUAGGCUACAAUGUCAGCCAUCAAAGACAUCGUCGAAAUGUAGCCGCUGUGAGGGUCAGUACUACAAGUUUACACGAUGAGUGUGGUCAUCUCCAGGAUGAUUCUACACAGAAACACGAACUGGACAUUUUGUCACCAGAGCCUAUAUCUCCCGCCCGUGGGCUCAAGGUGAAGAAUAGCAUUCCACAGCUAAUGAAAGCUCUCCCACCACUGCCAUCGGGAAUAAUGGAUACGCAAAGUCAGGACCAGCAACAGUUUGAACGCGAGGUCGAUCAGUUCAGUGACCAGGGGCAACAGGACCGCUCUGGGUUGCAGGAUGAGGCCCAAGGCAGCGAAGCCGCUCACGAAACUAAUUUGACAACACAAGAGCAGAAACAGGCACCACCGGAGAAGCAAGUCAGCCCUCCCAAGUUCAAAGUUCGAGUUAAGGCGUCGUAUUCGCCUCUUAUUGGCAGUGAUAGCUUCAAGAAUGCAGAGAUGCGAGGUCGCAAACCCAACGAACCGCAAUACCCAAUUGCACAGGCAAAGCCAAGACUCAAACUCAAACUUUCGAGAAGCCAGAUUGGCCAAGGCAGGCAAGGCACAGGACAGCCGUUUUCCAAACUCAAUCGGCUAAAACAGUGCAAUUCAUUGGCAGAUCUGGUGCUGUACACAAAUGCCAAGCCAAGGGCCGGCCAACUUCUCGGAGACGAGGACAAUGCUAGGGACGACUCACAGUCUGAUAGGCAUGUUCAAAGUACCGCAAACGCACAGGGUGUAGAAAACAACAAUGGUGACAAUUCACCACAGCCAUCUGACCCUUUCAAUAUACCAUAUCCCUGCUCACCAAGGGACGAAGUGGGCAACAAGCGGUCUCUCUCAUCGUCGAACAAAGACACCCUGGUUCAGAGACCCAGUUGCAGUUCUGAUACAAGCCCUUGUCGAGAAAAUGGGUUGCGCAAAAAAAUGUCCAUAUUUCGGUUGCGAAUCGCCGAGUCCUUUACCGCGAAUCCUUCGAAGAAAUGCAAGAAGAGCCAGCAAUUGGUGCACAGUGAUAGUCAUAUUUCAAUCGAUAUGACAACUAAAGGGUCUGAGACUAAUUUUAAUAACAUUGAUAACAAUUCGCCACGAUACAGUAGCAAUACUAGGUCCGAUUGGAUGACAAACCGUGUCAGGCGGUGGGCUUUGGACGCCAAAAGAGCAUUGAGGUCAUAUGUGCGGCGGACUUUGGAUCGAUCAUCACGAUGGAGUGAAUAA